AUGGCGGAACUUUUGUCGAUCCAAAAGAUAUCUUCGCCACCAAAGGAUGGUAGUGGUGCUGCCCAGUGGGCAGUGAGGGCGAUGAUGCACCCGCCCGAAACAAAAAACGCAUCGAGUAAUCUUUGGCCAACAUCUCCUUUGUCGUAUGACGUUGGCGUUGCGGAGAGUAAUGUCGGCAUUCGAAAUUCUCCUCCGAAAUUUACUUUCGAACGUUGCCCACCGGUUUCAUUACAAUGGAAGGAAAUUUCUUUGACUACUAGUUCAGGGAAGGCAAUUCUUCGCGGUGUUUCCGGUAAAGUUGCAACAGGUGAACUCACUGCUAUAAUGGGUCCCUCUGGUGCUGGAAAAUCUACUCUCCUGAACGUUCUCUCUGGGUUUACGCGUCAGAAAGUGUCUGGAGAGAUCCUGGUGAACGGGAAGGAGCGGGACAUGGGUGUCUUCAGGAAGCUAUCUUGUUACAUCAUGCAAGACGACCACUUGUUGGCACACCUGACCGUGCGAGAGUCCAUCUAUCUUGCCGCCUGCCUCAAGGUUCCGUCCACGAUCUCCAAAAAGGAGAGAGAAAAGAUGGUAAAAGAAUGCAUGCAAUCGUUAGGGUUAAUUGAAAGGCAGAACAACAAGGCCAGCCAGCUGUCUGGAGGUCAAAGAAAAAGAUUGUGCAUUGCUCAAGAAUUGGUCAGUAAUCCACCCCUCAUCUUUCUAGAUGAACCAACAAGUGGUUUGGACAGCUCCUCUUGCCUUCAGUGCAUCCAACUACUAAAAUCUCUGGCUCAAGAAGGAAGAACUGUUAUUUGCACAAUUCAUCAGCCAAGUGCCCGAAUAUUUGAAAUAUUUGACAAGUUGUACAUGCUGGCUCAAGGCCAAUGCAUCUUUCGUGGGUUUACCAAAGAACUGGUGCCUUUUUUGGCAAACCUUGGACUUGCCUGUCCACAGUACCACAACCCUACUGAUUAUGCUACUGAAGUUGCAACUGGUGUACAUGGAGACUGGAUUUCCAAACUAAAGAAAGCGGUCGAUAACUUAGAAGAUCUAGAACAGUCUUCGACUGCCGACGACUCGGAAUGCAAAAACUUGGACUCGUCAUUACAAGCAUCUACUCUAUGCUUGCUUCAAGAAAAAGUGAAGAGAAAGACCUCCUUGUUUAAGGACUAUCUGAAAGCAAAUUACAGCGACUAUGCGACCAGCCCGUUCAACCAGUUCAAAAUUCUAACUUACAGAAACUUGAUUUGCACGUUAAGAGAACCAAUGUCCACUCAGCUUCGCCUGUUUGCUCACGUGGUUGUAGGACUGCUUCUUGGUUUAUUGUAUUAUGGGAUUGGUAACGACGCAAGCAAAAUUUUCAACAACUCUGGAUUCUUAUUCUUCUCUUUACUGUUCUUGAUUUUCACAUCUAUGAUGCCUACAGUUCUCACUUUUCCAUUAGAAAAGACCAUUUUUGCCCGGGAGCACUUGAACAGUUGGUACAGUUCAAAGAUGUACUACUUAGCCAAAACAGUUGCUGAAAUUCCAUUCCAAAUCCUAUUUCCUGUAAUAUAUUGCAGUAUAGUAUAUUGGAUGACCUUUCAGCCCAAUGAUAUGGUACGAUUUUCUCUCUUCCUGUUCUCGUCCAUCAUGAUUUCACUUGUAGCUCAGUCCGUUGGAAUGAUCAUUGGAGCAGCCACCAGCGUUCAAAACGCAGUAUUCUUGGCUCCUGUGAUAUCCAUACCAAUCCUGUUGUUCAGUGGCUUCUUCAUCAGCUUGGAUACCAUCCCAACUUACUUGAAAUGGUUGUCUUACAUAUCUUACAUCAGGUACAGCUACCAAAGCGUCUUGCUUAGCAUCUAUUCCAUGAACAGACCAGAAUUGCACUGUGAUAAAAUAUUCUGCCCGUUCCAAGAGCCUCUGGAUUUCUUGAAGGAAAUGGACAUGGUUGGUGGAAAUCUAUAUGUAGAUUAUGCCGUUUUGUGGGCAUUCUUUUUUGUCUUCAGAUUCAUUGCUUACAACGUGCUUUAUUAUAAAGUUAUCUACAGUCGAUGA